GCUUUUCUUAUCUCCGCCCUAAAGGUAGCCCCGAUUAUUGCUGACUUAAGCAUCGGAGUGUCUACCCCGAGUUCCACCUCGGGGCUUUGCAGGUCAUUCCGAAGUGCGAGUGCGGACUGAAGAAGGACUUCUGGUUUGGUGCAAUUACACCAUCCCUUCCAUAAGCUCGUAAUGAGCGUGGUCAAAAUUCAUUGAUCAUUGCCCAAUGAUUUGCUAUUAAAUCGAUGGAGUACAAAAAAAGUCUAUUUAGAAUAAAAGAAUUAGAGUAGA